AUGCCUAGUUUUCCAUUUUCCAAUUCCAUAAAAGAAAUGAUUGAAUUCAGGACGUACCAAAAAAGAAACGUCGGCAGGAUCAAUCUUGACGGCCAUUUUCUUGGUUUGCCCCGCACCUUUGUCCUUCACACUCAGGUUCUUCAUCGCUUCGCCGAGUGCCUUGCUAUCGACAUCUUUCUUUGCGGAGGAAUCGUCGUCUUGGGCGUCGAGCGAGGAGAGGGCGGCGGCGGCUUUGCGGUCUUCGGCGGAGCCGGCAGGUGCUUGCGGUUCGGAUGCGCCCUCGUGGAUGUUGGAGGGUUGUGGUUCUUCGGCCAUGAUGAUUAUGAAUUAAGAGACGACGUGGCGAAUGGUCGCCCUCAUGUAAGAACACCCCUCUACAUUCCGCAUGUGGCUCUAACAACCUCAGCCUGGCGAGCAAAGCCAAUAAAACAAGUAGUCACAUAUGAUGAGCCGACUGCCGUGUCAUCCGCCUUGGCAAAACUCUCAAGCUUACCGCCCAUUGUUACGCCGACCGAAAUUGCCAAGCUUAAAUCAAGUCUCCGAGAUGCAGCAUUAGGGAAAGCAUUCCUGCUUCAGGGCGGCGAUUGUGCCGAACUGUUCUCCUACUGUGCGGAUGACCCGAUUGAUGCCAAAAUCAAGCUCCUGCUUCAAAUGAGCUUAGUCCUCAUUUGGGGUUCCAAUAAGCCGGUCAUUCGCAUUGGUCGAAUGGCAGGCCAGUACGCUAAGCCCAGGUCCAGCCCCACCGAAGUCGUGAACGGCAAGGAGAUCCCUAGUUUCCGAGGCGAUAUACUAAAUGGCUUCGAUCCUGCGCACCGUAAGGUGGAUCCGGAGAGACUGGUCAGCGCUUACUUCCAUUCGGCUACGACGUUGAAUUAUAUCCGUGGCCAGUUAUCCAGUGGCAUCGCUGACCUGCAUAACCCCAUGGACUGGGGACUUGGCCAUGUUCGGGAUAAGGAACUGCAGUCGAAGUACCAGAGGAUCGUCACGAGCAUCUCAGAUUCACUUCGAUUCAUGCGGACUAUAGGCGCAGAUACCGCAGGACAGUUGCAGACGGUCGAUUUGUACACCAGUCACGAAGGCUUGGUUCUAGAGUACGAACAAAGCUUGACGCGGAGACUCAAACAUCCUGCGGGCUACCAGCCCUCACAGCCCUCAUCUGAUGGGAAAGGCUGGUACAACACGUCCGCACACUUCAUCUGGAUUGGUGACCGGACGCGGCAGAUUGAUGGAGGGCACGUUGAAUACUUCCGCGGCAUUGAGAAUCCGAUCGGAAUCAAGGUCGGCCCGUCGAUGAAGUCGGACGAGUUAGUUGAACUGCUCGACAUCGUCAAUCCCACGAAGGAGAUCGGCAAGGUCACGCUGAUUACGCGCUAUGGCAAAGACAAGGUGGAUUCAAUGCUGGGAACCCAUAUUGAGGCCGUAAAGAGUAGCGGGCAUGUGGUUUUAUGGCAGUGCGAUCCAAUGCACGGAAACACCCAUAGCACGCCUACCGGCAUCAAAACCCGCUCUUUCAACAGCAUCUUCUCAGAACUCUCGUCAGCCCUAAAGAUUCACAAACAGCACGGCUCGUUCCUCGGCGGCAUGCAUCUCGAACUUACUGGUGACGCGGUCACAGAGUGCACCGGUGGAAGCGAAGGACUUGCGGAGGCGGACCUGAGUCUGAACUACACGACUUACUGUGAUCCUAGGCUUAACGAGAAGCAAGCCUUGGAGCUGGCUUUCUUAGUUGCUGGACACUACCCAUCAAAAGGUGCUCGGGUCGCUGGCGCAAGCGCUCGUAAAUAUCCCACUCGUCCGCCUCCAAAUACAACAACUCGUGCUCCGCCGGUUUCACCGGCUCCUCCACAGUCUGCAAAAGCUGGGCCUUCCGUACGCCCGCCACCACAGGCUAGCGAUGCAAAGACAGAAGCAAUUGAUCUCGACGCCCGCGAUCCUGUCUUUGCCUCCCGCCUCAGUUCGCUCGGCGCGGUCCAGCCUAAUCCCCACUAUUCGCCCACGUCUACCUCCUCAUUCGAUCCGCAGCGUAAUCCCUCGUCUACCUUUCCAUCCGACAUGAUGUCUGCGCCGCCGCAAUCGGCCUUCCCAGAUCCACGAGAUAAUCCAGCCCUACGGGUGCUGGAGGCGAGACAGAGAAUACAAGAGGAAGCGCAAGCAGAGUUAAGCAACGUGGGCAGAAGAGGGUUUCAGGGAAGGAAAUAUGUAGAUGCGGGCACCAUACAGUUGGCGUUGAUGAGAAGACAGCGAGGCGAGCCAGACAGCAGAAUUGAGGAUGCGCUCGGGAUCAAGAGGGGUAGGCUGAGCAUCCUUGGGAAGGGGAUUGCGGAGUCAGUAUAA